AUGACGAUUGGCAGGAGCACCUGUAGCUACUUUCUAAUAAUACUUUUGAUUCUACUUAUUUCCUUAUCACUUCUGAUUAGUGCUGAAACAGUAAACUACCCAUCAUCUGUCGACUUCCCGAAUUCCUGGAGAAACAUUCCGUCAUCUGACUUAAGUUUCUGGGAGACAGCUGGUGUGAGACCGAUCCUUGUUAAUGGAAUGUUCGUUUGUGGCUUCAACUGCAGCUUUGUGGGUGACAGUUGCCUAUUUGCUGUCUCCAUCUUCAAGACCAGUUCUGAUGGUAGCGCUAGCUUUUCUCCUCAAGUGGUGUGGUCUGCUAAUAGAAACAAUCCAGUUGGGCUUGGAGCAAUAUUGCAACUGACUAGAGAAGGAAGGCUAAUCUUGCAAGACGACAACGGUGCAGUGGUUUGGUCCCCGAAUACAGUAGGUAAGCCAGUUUCAAGGUUAAACUUAACUGCAGAGGGAAACCUCAUGCUGUUUGACAAAACCAAUAACACGGCUUGGCAGUCAUUUGCUCAUCCAACGAACUCUUUAGUUCUUGGUCAAAGGCUAGUGACUGGGCAGAAGUUAAGGGCAAGUGUAUCGACAUCUAACUCAAGUGAUGGUUUGUAUGCAUUUGCUAUCACUGAUGGCUGGUUCACUGCUUAUCUGGAAGCAGAUCCUUCCCAAAUCUAUUACUCCAGCUAUUUGGAUGAGGAAAUGAAUACAGGGAAACUUUAUGCUGAAUUUCAAAGUGGAAGGUUUGGGAGUUUCAUCGUGGCAGAUUCAGCUAAUUUUAUACAGCUGGGAAGUGACGGUCACUUGAAGACAUAUGAGUGGAAAGAACCGAAAUGGGAGGGGGUUGAUCUAUUCGACAUUGAUCGAUGUGAUUAUCCAUUGGUAUGUGGAAAAUAUGGCUUUUGUUCAGAAAACGGAUGCGACUGCUUUGGAUUUGCAACUCAAAGUGAUCCAACUUAUUUUAGGCCAAUAAAUUAUAGAGAGCAGGAUCUUGGGUGUACCGCAAAUUUACCCACUUCUUGUGAUCUAGCUGAACAUCAGAGCCUUCUCGAGCUCCGGGACGCUGAUUAUAUUAGGAACCAAUAUAACGGUAUUUCUAGUAGGAUCACAAGUAAAGAAGAUUGCAAGCAGGCCUGUUUAAAGAACUGUUCUUGCAAAGCUGCUACAUUUGUCGAUCGGUAUUCGAGCUGCUAUUUGAUAUCUGAAGUCUUCUCCUUCAGAAUGACGGUUUCUAAUUUUAAUCCACCCCUGGUCUCAACUUUUAUAAAGGUUCAAAAUAAUCCAAUUGCAGAGAAUUCUAACAAGAACCCUGCACUACCAAAUCUUCCUAAAAGGAGAAGAGAGGAUAUAGUGGUUAUUCUGGGCUCAACUCUUGGAGCUAUAUUUGGUGUGUUUCUUAUAUGCAUUUUCCUUUUUCUACGAAUUAAAAGGGGGUUCAAAGAGGUCGAGGAGGAUUAUCUAGACAACAUAUCGGGAAUGCCAACUAGAUUCUCUUACGAAGAGUUAAAGAACGUCACAAAGAAUUUUAGCAACAAGCUUGGCGAAGGAGGAUUUGGAUCAGUUUUUCAAGGAACAUUACCUUCGGGUUCUGAAGUUGCAGUGAAAUAUCUUGAUGGCUUUGGUCCAGUUAAGAAGUCCUUCAUAGCGGAAGUUCAGACCAUUGGAAGCAUUCACCAUUUCAAUUUGGUAAGUUUGGUUGGAUUUUGUGCUGAAAAAUUUUGUAGGCUUUUAGUUUACGAGUACAUGCCUAAUGGGUCGCUGGAUAGGUGGAUCUUCAACAAAAUCCCAGAGCUUGCUCUAGGUUGGCAAAUUAGGAAGAAAAUCAUUUUAGAUAUAGCCAAGGGACUAGCCUAUCUUCACGAAGAGUGCAACCAAAAAAUAAUUCACUUAGACAUCAAACCCCAAAAUAUUCUUUUAGAUGAGAAUUUCAAUGCUAAAGUUUCAGAUUUUGGGUUAUCUAAGCUAAUUGGAAGAGACCAAAGCCAAGUGAUAACAACUAUGAGGGGAACGCCAGGUUAUAUGGCCCCUGAAUGGUUAAGCUCAGUCAUUACUGAGAAGGCAGAUGUCUAUAGCUUUGGUAUUGUAGUCCUAGAAAUUUUGUGCGGGCGAAAAAAUGUGGAUGGAUCUCAACAGGAGGAAGAUAGGCAUUUACUGGGUGUUUUUAGUAGAAAGCAAGAAGAAGGGCAACUUCUGGAUCUAGUUGAUAACUGCAGCGAUGAUAUGCAGUCAAAUGCAGUCGAAGUUGUGGAGAUGAUGAAGGUUGCGGCAUGGUGUUUACAAACUGAAUAUUCUAGGAGGCCUUCCAUGUCCACGGUGGUGAAGGUUUUUGAGGGUUCAGUUGAUGUUGCGGGUAACUUGAAAGACAAUUUUCUAAAUGAAUUAACACCGGAAGCUUUGGGGACUUUUGCUUCAACAGUUUCACCAUCUACGUUAUCUGGGCCGAGGUGAAAGUCAAGGAAAUCUUCAAAUUAAUUCAUGAAGAUGGGAUGUAAGGUAUGUUCCCAAGCUCAAGAGUGAUAGUUCAAUUCAAUUCUCUGUUCGUUGCCAUUGCAUUUGCCUAUUUGGAUAUGGUCGCCCCUUUUAAUUUUGUGCAUUGUAUUGCUUUUACAAUUCCCCUACCCAGUAUGUUCGAAGCUUUGUUUUGUUUCAUGUAGGAUGCAUCCUUAUUUUCAUCCGAACUUUUGGGUCCCAAGAAAAGGUUGUCCAGUUUGUAAGAUAUCCUUUAAGGCCGAGGCCGAGACAAUGGUAGAAAGUAAUUUUUUUU